AUAAGGACUUGGUAUGCUCCUGAUAGAGAACUAUCGUCUGUUCUGAGUGUCAGGUCCAGAGAUACUUCAGAACUCGCUCACAAGAGCUCACCAUCGUCCUACUUUCGUGAUCACGAAUUUUCAAAAUGUUUAUCAUUUCUUUAUUCACCUCCCUUCUGUACGUGUGCGUUUCAGGAAAAGAAGACAAAGUGUGUGACUCGGACUUGGGUUGUUUCCGGAUCCACGAGCCCUUCGUUCCCCGCCUGCCGACCUUGCCGAAGAAGAUUGACGUGAAGUUCAAACUGCACACACGGGACAAUCCUGACGAGCCUCAGCAUCUGUCCAUCUGGAACAUCGACAGCAUCCGGGACUCCUACUUCAACAGCUCUAGGCCCACAAAGUUUGUCGUUCAUGGUUUCCUGGACGACACGAAUGUGGACUGGAUAGAAGACAUGAAGAACGCCAUCUUGUUCCGUGAUGACGUCAACAUGUUCCUGGUGGACUGGAGCUCCAGCUCGCAGACGUUGGAUUACACCCAGGCGGCCGCUGACAUCAGGGUGGUGGGCGCCAAACUGGCCAGGUUCAUCAUCUUCCUACGGUUUUUGACCAGAGCAGAUGAGAAAGACAUGCACAUCAUCGGCCACAGUCUCGGUUCACAUGUGGCAGGCUACGCCGGGGAGAGGCUGAACGGGCGCCUUGGCAGAAUCACAGGCCUGGACCCAGCCUAUCCAUUCUUUGAGGACAAACCUCCAGAGGUACGUCUGGAUACUACGGACGCCAUCUUUGUUGACGUCAUCCACACCGAUGCAGAUGCCAAUCACAAACUAGGAUUUGGAAUGGACCAAGCCAUCGGCCAUCUUGAUUUCUACCCAAAUGGAGGCCAAGAGCAGCCAGGCUGUGGAAACGACCUGUUCGAUUAUAUGGCGGAUCAUGGAGUCAUUGCAGGCGGAACCAACUACGUCGUCUGCAACCACCAGCGGGCCAUCUGGCUGUUCAUCGAGUCCGUCAACUCGGACUGCACCUGGAAGUCGUACCCUUGCGGCAGCUGGAAGGACUUCAAGGACGGCAAGUGUCUCACCUGUGGCUCAACGGGAUGCUUCAAGAUGGGGUACGACGCCGACAAGAACGACCUUCCAACGGGAGCAAGAGUAGACCAAAGACUGUUCCUCACCACAUCAGACAGGGACCCCUACUGCCACGAAGAGAUUCAUCACGUCAAGGUUAACAUCGGCAAGAAUAAGGACGCUACGACUGAGGAGGCAGAGGAGAUGUUCGUAAAGCUGAAGGGCGAAGUGGCGCAGUCAGACUCUGUCAACGUCCUCAGUCACAGGAGCAACACAAAGAUCAAACCAGGAGACAGCUACGGCUUUGUCAUCGGAAGCAGACAGCCGCUUGGUGCCAUCAGGAGCAUGGACAUCCGCUGGGUCCCGCGCGAGGAAUCCUGGUACAUGGACUGGUACAGCUCCCUGAUGGGGUGGCUGAACGAAGAGCCGCCAUCUUGUGUCUUCCUGGAAAAGGUGGAAGUGUCGACAGCGGGAGAGAAGGAAUGUGAGAGGUUCGAGUUCAACUGCGGCGCUCAGGAGCUACUGUCCAAGCAGACUGAGACCAUACAAAUUGGAGCCUGUAAAUAAUAAAGAUACGAAGCUUGUUGAUAAUAAAGAAUAAAAUGUCAAUAUAUUACCAUCUACACGUGUAGAACUGCUGUACACUGAAGCCGAGUGGAAGCGUUGCCGUUUUCAUACCAUGUAUGCAAUUUUAUUCAUAUUCUAUUUUCACAUGUGUCCAAUUUGUAUAACAGAAGAAAUACACAUUUUGUAUAUGAUUUUACAAGAAAUAAUCUGUAAAGAAAAGUCACUUUUGUCCCAUAUGGAAACAUUUCAUGAUAUACUGAUGUUAUGACUUGAGAUGAUGGGAUCUUGGUCAAGUGAUGUCAUUGAUGUCAUUGUUCAACAGUUUCUGCAGAUCUUAUCAAUGGAUUUGCUGUGACAAUUCGAACCGUGGAAACUGCUUGACAACAGUGGUGCAUGUGUAACUCAUUGACCAGUGUUAUGUGUUGAUACUCUUAGAAGGGUGUCUUAAAUUUAUUGCACAUUUGAUAUUUGUUGAAAGAAAAUAUGAUUGAAGGUUCUGUACAUAUUUCAAAAAGAGAUGCAUGUUGGGUGAUGAUUUUGAAUAAAACAUAUUUUCUAUAAUAAAAUACUCUUCAUAUUGA